GGCUAGUCAAAGCUGUGACUAACCAGACCCUUGGAUACAUACUCUAAUAUCUGGCCUUUAUUUUUUACAAUGAAUUUGAUUUGUUCAUUGAUCGUAUAUUUUUUCUGAUUUGUGAGAAGCUUCAUGCUCUGUGUUUGGAUGCUGACUGCAAUACAGCCAUAGUCUUUGAAACGAGUCACAGUGUACACUCUGUGGGGAGCCUGAAGAUUUGGAUUCUCUAACAGGGCAUGCAUUUCCAGAGCUGCAAGUGUUAUGGGCAUGUUGAGAACUUCCAGAAGCUGGAUUAAAGCAUCUCUUUUACAAUGAUAUCUAAUCUCGUCCUAAAGCUCCAAGCAAUGGCGAGUCCACCAGCUCCCCUGAAGAAGAGGGUGGCGAUCUGCUCAAGUCGGGCUUCAGUUUUCCAGGGACGCCAGAGGAGGAGCUAGACCAGCAGUACUCAUGGUCGCCUUCUCAGCACUUCAAUGAAGAAAGAUACUCUCCUGCUCCGAGGAAUAUGAAAGGAUUAUCUGGUAGUCGCAACCAACCACAGUUAUGUUCCGCUCAUACUUGUGGCUUAGCAUCCCCUGAAGAUUGUGAACACGCCCACGACCAUAUCCACCAUGGGCAGGAGCCAAGGCAAUCAUAUCUUCUCAGCCCCACGGAGAGUUGCCCGAUGGACCACCAUCGUUGCUCACCACGCAGCUCCAUUCAUUCUGAAUGCAUGAUGAUGCCCAUGGUAAUGGGCGAUCACAUGUCAAGUAGCACUUUCCCCAGAAUGCACUACAGCUCACAUUACGACUCAAGAGACGACUGCGCCAUGUCUCACGGUAACCCUAAGAUUAACCGUAUUCCUGCAAAUCUUUUGGACCAAUUUGAGAAACAACUUCCUCUUCACCGGGAUGGGUUUCACACUUUACAGUACCAGAGGACCUCAACAGCUGCGGAACAACGCAGUGAGAGCCCAGGAAGAAUACGCCAUCUCGUUCAUUCUGUCCAGAAACUUUUUACUAAAUCUCAUUCUCUGGAAGGAUCAUCCAAGGGCAAUGUUAAUGGAACAAAGGGAGAUAGUCGAGGGGACGACCAUCAUCAUGGGCACCAUUCCAAGCAUAGCAAAAGGAGUAAAAGUAAGGAGCGAAAACCAGAAACCAAGCAUAAAUCUGGAAUGAGCAGCUGGUGGAGCUCUGAUGAUAAUUUGGACAGCGAUAGCACUUACCGAACCCCUAGUGUGGUAAAUAGGCACCAUGCAGAUCAUAUAUCCCAUUGCUAUCCUGAGGCACUCCAGGGGCAUUUUGGGGAUCUCUCAUUGAAGACUUCCAAAAGUAACAAUGAUGUGAAGUGUUCGGCUUGUGAAGGGCUAGCAAUGACCCCUGAUGGUAAAUAUAUGAAAAGGAGUUCUUGGUCUACGCUUACAGUAAGUCAGGCUAAAGAAGCUUAUCGCAAAUCAUCACUGAACUUAGAUAAGCCUCUGGUUCAUCAGGAAAUCAAACCUUCCUUGAGGCCGUGCCAUUACCUUCAGGUACCUCAGGAUGAAUGGGGAGGAUACCCAGCUGGUGGGAAAGAUGAAGAGAUCCCCUGCAGAAGAAUGAGAAGUGGGAGCUAUAUAAAGGCCAUGGGAGAUGAAGAAAGUGGAGACUCUGAUACUAGCCCCAAGACAUCACCAAAAUUAACGGUUCGACCAGAGUCAUUAUUAAAAUCCAUUGGACAGAGACCACUGGGAGAUCAUCAAAAUCAGAGCUACCUUCAAACUGCAAGUGACGUGCCUGGGGGUCACAACCUGGAUCCCUCUGCAAACUACAAUUCCCCAAAGUUUCGCUCAAGGAAUCAGAGCUAUAUGAGAGCAGUGAGCACGCUCAGUCAGGCCAGCUGUGUUAGUCAGAUGAGUGAAGCAGAGGUUAAUGGGCAAUUUGAAUCGGUGUGUGAAUCAGUGUUUAGUGAAGUUGAAGCUCAGGCAAUGGAUGCCCUUGACCUCCCUGGAUGUUUCCGAACAAGAAGCCACAGUUACUUGCGUGCCAUUCAGGCAGGCUAUUCCCAAGAUGAUGAAUGUAUACCUGCGAUGGCAUCUUCCAACAUCACCUCAACUAUCAGGUCAACCACAGCUGUAACUUACACAAGUUACAAAAAAACACCGCCACCGGUACCCCCUCGUACCACUUCCAAGCCACUGAUCUCAGUCACGGCACAGAGCAGCACAGAAUCCACCCAGGACGCAUAUCAUGACAGCCGGACUCAGAGGAUUUCCCCGUGGCCACAGGACGGGCGAGGGAUGUACAACUCCACCGACAGUUUGGACAGUAACAAGGCCAUGAAUCUUGCCUUGGAAACUGCAGCUGCACAGCGCCACGCCUCCGAGAGCCAGAGCACCUCGAUACGAACCAGUGACAAGGCCAUUUUAGUGACAAAAGCAGAGGAGUUUCUGAAGAGUCGACGUUCCUCCAUAGGGAUCCAGGUGGAAACAGCAACUGAUUCAGAUACUGAAAGCAGAGGCCUACGGGAAUACCACUCUGUUGGAAUACAAGUGGAAGAUGAAAAACGACACGGACGAUUCAAGCGCUCAAACAGUGUAACAGCAGCUGUCCAGGCUGACCUGGAACUGGAGGGCUUUCCAGGACACAUCACGAUGGAGGACAAGGGGCUUCAGUUUGGCUCGUCGUUCCAGCAGCACUCAGAGCCCAGCACACCCACCCAAUACAGCGCAGUGAGAACUGUACGGACACAGGGACUGUUCAGUUACAGAGAAGAUUAUAGGACCCCAGUUGACACCUCAAACCUUCCACCACCAGAACCCUGGCUAGAGCCAACCAUUGAGACGGUAGAGACCGGGCGAAUGUCUCCUUGUCGACGGGAUGGAUCUUGGUUUAUGAAGUUACUACAUACUGAAACUAAGAGAAUGGAAGGGUGGUGUAAAGAAAUGGAAAGAGAAGCAGAAGAAAAUGAUCUUUCUGAAGAAAUCCUAGGUAAGAUCCGAAGUGCUGUUGGAAGCGCACAGCUCCUCAUGUCUCAGAAAUUCCAGCAAUUUUAUUGGCUUUGUCAACAAAAUCUGGAUCCGAGUGCCAUGCCGAGACCAACUUCCCAGGACCUAGCAGGUUUCUGGGACUUAUUGCAGCUCUCAAUUGAAGAUGUCAGCAUGAAGUUUGAUGAACUGCACCAGUUGAAACUCAAUGAAUGGAAAAUAAUAGAAUCACCUGAAAGGAAGCCAACUGGUUGGUGGAUGGAAGAAAGAAAGAUUCCUCCUCCUGUACCAAAGAAGCCCCCAAAAGGAAAAUUCCCUAUUACAAGAGAAAAAUCUCUGGACCUACCUGACAGACAGCGACAAGAAGCUAGAAGACGGCUAAUGGCUGCAAAGAGAGCAGCCUCUUUCCGGCAGAAUUCAGCCACAGAACGUGCAGACAGCAUCGAGAUAUAUAUCCCAGAGGCUCAAACCCGGCUUUAAAGACAGAAUGCUGCAGAGUUCCUUUUUUAAACAAAAUGCUUGUACAGUUUGUCACUUACCUGGUAAUUUUUGUCUCAUUCUCUCCACUAAAUAUGCCCUUGCUGUUGUGUUCUUUGUGCCAUAAGCACAGUGGAAUGCUUUUGAUUUCCUCAGAAUUUGCUGAGCUCACCGCAAGAACGACUUCUUUUUGUAUUUAUUGUCUGACUAACAAUCAGCUACAAUGGAUAGGGCUUGUUGAGACCUGACUUAUCCAAUAUAUUCUCAGAGGACAACAAGAAACACCUCUUGAGAUGGAACCCAGCUUACUUUUUUGUUAUUUAUAUUUUUAUAAAAUGUGUGAUAAUUAGGGAUAAGAAUAACAAACUAUAAAUGGGUGCAUCUCACCAUUCACUAGAGGCAUUAGCUAAUCCAAGUAGAAGGUGCUACAAAUGUAAAGAGCAGGAAAGAAAGAACCCAUUUAUCUCUCUGACCUCCAGUUUCUUUUCCUAGAACCCAGCUAACAUAUUUACCCAUGUGCUCUGCCACUCUUCUCAUCUUUGUUACUGCAAAAUAACAUUAGGCCUCUCAUGUCAUGUCAAGUUUCUGGAGAUGAACAGGGAUAUCCAGCCACUAAAACUCCAAAGUUCAUCAGAAACCAAGAAGCAUACAAGUCUGGUGGUGGUGGUGGGAAUGCCCACUGAGAAACGUUUGCCGUUAGCAGUAUAACGACACUCUGAAACCUAAGCAAAAUUAUAAUGCAAGAGGACUUGAGUGAUGGGUGAAAGGAAAAUGGAAGCCUUAAAAAGUUAGAUCUUCUGUAGCAAGAUGUGUAAAGAAAAAGUUAUACUCGCUCCUUUGGAACACUCAUUGCAUUUUUAACAGUUCUUUUACGUGUUAACAUUUAUUUUAUAAACCUUCUCUCUUUCAUUUCAAGAGCUAUGCUACAUGUAAUAUUUCAAACUCUCAAAAUGUUAUAUCAAUUGAGUUUCCAGGGUAUCCUUGAGAAAAAAAAAAAAAUCUUGCUUGUUUAAAAUGCCAGUUGUGAUGUUGUAAACAGUUUAAGAAAUAUGAAUGUGAGUGGUAAGUAUAUCUAAGUUUAAAUGGUUAUGUUAAGGUAAAGGUGAACUGUGGUUUACAGUUGUAUUUUUUUUUAGAACUAUUUUUCUAUGCAGUAUCAUUUAUGGCAAGAAAAAGCUUCUUGCUUGCUUCAGACAUUAAAAAAAAAAAAAAAAAAAAAAAAAACAACAAAAAAAAACCACGACUCAAGAAAUAAGUGAUUUCCAGCCAUGGAAUAUACAGAAAAUAAUAUAUUUCCAAGCCUCACAUUGUCAGAAGAGAGAAGUGGUAACUACCACAGCCAAGAGGCUUUAAUUUAAAACAAAUUAAGACAGAAUUAUUCCACUUCACCUACCUUCCAGAGCCAACUGAGCAACCCAGCACUUAGAAGUCUUCAGGUGAAGACGCAAUAAGAUGAGUAACCCACAGCCCCCAUUUCCAAGGUUUGAAUCCUCCUGAACACUGCUUUAGGUCAAAAGAGUCUGAACCCAGAGACAGACAGCCCCAAAUACCACAUCCCCCGUUUACCUGCUUUAACAAAUGCAAUGUAUUUAGCCAUAGGCAGAACAGCUAUUUAAUUAUACUCAAGCACUUUGGUUCUUCACCUGAUGAGCACUUUAAAUGCGAAUCCCACGCACCCUGCAGCCUGAUGGAUGACUGAAAACAUGAAGUAUCAUAGGUUAUGCAGAUCUGACAUUGCUUCAAAUCUGUUUCCUUUUGGGUUUUUUUUUGUUUUUCUUUUUCCUUCUCUUUUUCCUACAGUGUGUAGUACUAAACAUGAGUUCUGUCUUUGGAGCACAGCUGAUAUAGCAUGUUUAGCUUCAAGAUAUGAAUCUUUAGAGAUGAAGUUUUGAGAAGGUUCUGUGAGAAGAAAACCCUGUAAAUUGAGCCUGAUAUCUGGUAUAUACUUUACCAAAUAGCCUUAAACUGUAUUUGGAAGCAAAAACCAAGACGAAUGUAUAUCCUUCAAAAAUGAAAAAAAAAAAAAAAAAAAAAAAAAUCCCUGAAAUAUUCUUCUAUAACUGAAAACAUUAUAUUUCCCAUCCCUCGUAUUUUCAAGGCAUUUUCUAUUAAGGAAAGAGCUGAAUCCUAUCUGCAGAUAUUGGCACCCUUACUCUUGAAAGCUGGUAUCUUAUUUAAAGUGGAGCUGCUAAUUAGAAAUAUCCACACAAAACUAAAGCCAGUGUCUUUCCUAGAUUUAAGAAAUUUAAAAUAGACACACACACCCCCCUAUACAUACAUGCAUACAUACACAUAUAUAUAUGGCAGCUGAUACAUUUUAUCUAAUUUUCCUGUACACCUCAAGAAGAAAUCAUAUUUGACUUACUCUCUUGAAAACCCCCCACCUGCAGCAACAAGUCAUGCGAUUAAGACAAGUUGUAUUUGAUUAUGCCAGUAAUCAAAGUUUAUAAAGACAAAUUGUAAAAACAACAGAUUACAGAUAAGUUUAGAUCCCAGAUGAUUUAUUAAUGCUGAUUUGGAGCAAUCUGUAUAAGUCUUUAAUUUUAGAAUCAUAUUUUGAUAGUUUUUUGAUACAUUAAAAUUUUAUUGGAUGUUCUCAGGCAAAAAUAGGCCUGUGUGAAUGACGCCAACCCUGUAUUUUACGUUUACCAUGCCAUUAUGAGAAAAUGUUCAGUAUAAGCUUUGGAUAUCUGAUUUCUGUUUGUUCUACCUUUGUUUCAAGAAAAAAAAAAAAAAAAAAAAAAGAAAAAGGAAGAAUCAAAAGUAAACUAGAUGCCUAAUGAAAAAUCUGAUAAUAUGUUAUCUGUGCAUGUUACAUUUCAAAGUGCAAUAUAUUACAUUUUUGUACAGGUAACAUUCUAUCAUUAAAGGCAAAUAAGCCAUUUCUAUUUACAUAUUGUACAUCUGGCUAGUUUAGAAAUAAAACAUUAUGCUUAUCAUACUUGUGUUGCAAAUAAAAAAAAGUCAAAUUGCUUUAGUCCCUGACAUAAGAAACACAGCAUGUGGUAUCUUAAUAAACAUAUAAACAGAUAAAUUGUAAUCCGACCCCACAUCACAAAAAUAAAAUUCAGUUACAAAACCAAUGUAAGAGGAACGUAAAUAAACAUAAAGAUAGAAAGCAGAAUGCUUUCUACUUAGAGACUUCAUGGUGUAGCCACACAGAAAACCUGGAUAUAGCAAUAUCAUCUAGUGUUUAAUUAAAUACUAAUUGGACUAAUAUUUAUUUUAACAGAUGAAAAUUAUAGAAAAUCUCUGUUCAUUUUUCACUGCCUGUAAAACACAAGUAUAAUAAACAGAAUUCUGAAAAUUUAAAUAAAGAAGAUGACCUGACUGGUAAAAUUGUUGAUAUUUGCCAUACUUAUUUUUGCUUUGUAUAUUUUUUUAGAUUUUAAAUUAUUUGUAAAUUGGUGAAGUACAUUAUGAAGUGUUUUAUUAUUUUGUGUCAACCUGAUUAGAAUGGCCUUUGGCAGCGUGUGAAGACUAAUAAUAUUGUACAGUCUAAUACCAAAAAAUGACAUUUUAAUUCAUGCUUAAACCUUGUCACUAUGUUAGAUUUGAGAUCAAGCAGGAAGGAAUUAAAGCGUGCAUAGGAAGGUGUGUGGAUUUCAUAUAUAUAUAUAUAUAUAUAUAUAUAUAUAUAUAUAUAUAUAUAUAUAUAAAAUACAUUUCAUAUAAUGGAAGUUAUUUGUUUUAAAAUAAGCCCGUGUCCUGCUGUAUCAGUAAGUUAGUCCUCUAGUUUCAUCUUCAGCACUGCAUCUAGGAGAAAGUGAGGGAACGUUCGGUGUUUGGGUGAUUUUGCCAGGAGAAGAAAUACCAGCUACGUGAUGACGUGCCGUACGAGACCCGCAGCCGCCUCGUGCCCUGCCGAAGCAGUGCCCCUGGGAGGCUGCUGGCCCCACGGCACCCCACGCAGGUCCACCCCGGCCCCCUGUGCCCGGCGCAACGUGCCUCCAGAUCAGCCCACCUCUCAGCCCUUUGCGUUCAAAGCCUUGAGCCUGCCCUGCCCGGUCGGUGGGUUUGAUGUCCUCCUCCUCCUCCUCCUCCUCCUCCUCGGCGUUUCGGCGUGGGCGCUGGUGGCAGGGGGCACACUGGAGGCUGACCCAUCAAGCGCUGGUCUGUGCGUGUUAAUUUGAGGUCUGAAGCUGGUUUGGCAGCGCCAGGUGUCAAGCUGUGUGUGCUGAAAAGCUGCGAAACCCUGUGUAGCAGGAGCCUCAGUAUUAGCUUAAAUGAAAUGCGAAGCAGCGUUCCUCCAGAUACUGUUCCCAGAGCAUCUUAUGAUGUAGUGAAACCACCCGCAAACUGCGUUCGAGGUGAGGAAUAUCAGCAAACCCCUUAACAUUUAGAAAGGUGCUUCCUGGUGUAUGACAGGCUGACACUUAUUACAUUUAUACAGUGCCUUUCAUCCAGAAGGAUCUCCAAGCACUUUAUUAGCCGACACACAAACUCCAGGCUGGGAUGCAGCUGGAGCAGGUUAAGCUGCCCGUGGUCUGGUGAGCCGGCAUGGUGGGACACUGGGAGAUCUUCUGCCUGUCCCCACACUGCCGGGGAGUUUCCUUCCACACCACCCUCCCAGCGCCCGGGAGGACCCUUAUGGCCCCAGCCUGCACCGAAGGAGAAGCAAAGACUCACUAAACCAAAAGAAGGACCUGAGCGAAGCAAAGCAGAGGCGAGGGCAAUGCUCAUACCAUCCUCCCAGGGUGUAGGCAGGGAAUGAAGAGCAUCAGACUAAGUUUCCAGAACAAUCUCUGCUGCUUCUGUUCACGACGAUGGCAGUGAGGGUCCCUGCAGUGGAGGAGGUCCCCUGGGAGGGUGCCGCAGCAGAGCCCUGGCCCGUGCCAGGCGCGGGAGCUGGUGGCGCCUGCAGCUGAGCCCUCUCGGUCGGGGAUCUUGGCGAGUCUCUCCUUCCCAAGUGCAUUUCCCCCCCAGAUUUCUUAGCAGGAGAGACCCAUCUGGGGCACGCGCUGGAGAAGCAGCCCCUGUGCCGUAACUGCCAAGCGCCCUGUUCUCUCCCCGGGUCUGCCCGCCAGCCAAGCUAACGCGAGGGAUAGUGUGGGGCGCAGGAUUUAGGCAUAAGGAUUAUGCUUUCGUUUGGGCAGCUGCUCUUUACUGAGACUCAGCUCUAACCCGAAGGGUUCUUCGUAUGGCAGAGCAAUGGGGACGCCUCUCCGCAUUGGCAGGAUCCGCAGACUGGAGGCAGCCAUUUCAUACCGCAGAGAACAGAAAGAGGAUAUAUACAUGCAUAUAUAUAUACAUAUAUAACGAUAUUUUGGUGCCGUGGUCCCAGAGAGUUGGACCCAGGAACCACAGUCAGCACUCACAUUCCUGUAGACCGUGCCACUUGCUCGCAGCUCAGCCUCAGCACUGAUGGCCAUGGCCGGUUCACUGCCUAGUGCAGCCCCACGGCCCAUCUGCAACUAUUCCCCAUGUUCACCUCCAGGGACCAUCUUUUGGGAGCAGCUGUUUUAUAGCAUACUCAUAUGCAUACACAGACUCCUGGCAGGAAUUAAGCCCUCUGUAUAUGCAGAAAUUAUGCAGAAAUUGCUUAAUUUAUCUCUGAAAUGCAGCUACCUCUAUGGUGUAAUGCUGCAGCUGUUUAACUACAUAAUAGGCUGUUCAGGACAGCAAGUAUAAAACCGAAAUUGAAAUGGAAACUUGCCCAAAAGAGAAUUUGGCCAGCAUGUUAAGGCUGAUUCAGCUCCUCUUAACGAGAUAAAAUUCUAAUAGCUGCAAGAGGCCAUGGCAUUAGUUAUAUCUAAAAACCAUAUUCCAGAUCCCUUCUCAUUAAAUGCAUAUCACAUUUCAUAAAUGAUGAUCACAGAAGAAGAUUGCAUGUUCACAGUCGCACCGUUCCACACAUGGGUGUUUCUCCCAUUACCCUUCAUUGCUGAAACAGAACUGGGCUUUUGAAGUCAGAUAGUAGAUAAUGUAAAUUAGUGUGUCUAUGUGGCUUGCUCUUUAACUGAGCAAACACAGAACAAUUUUCAUCAGCUGGCAAUUUAAUUCUCUAUUUUAUUAAAGCCAAAUUUUUAUUUUUCUAAAUUGGUUUUGUCGGACAGGAUUUUUUCUUCUCUAGUACAAAACCAUUAAUAUUUUCACCUAAACUUAAACGAGGGGGAGGUUUAUUUGAAGAUAUGGUCAUUACUCACCAACACAGCCCAUUAGUGAGGAUUUUUCUUCUCCUUCCCUUACUCUUCUUUCAUUCAACACAGCAUUUCCCAUUCCUGAAGCUGAACUGUCAUGUGAGUUUCUUGUUUGUGGGAUGGAUUAUUGCAGAGCUUCAGGCUAAAUUCCGAUCUCGGCUGUAUUUAAAUCAAUGCUGAGAAACCGAAAUCAGAAGGAGUCAGAUUCGGAUCACUAUAAUUCAGCUCAAUAUCUGUCUCAGCAAGUCCUGCCGAGGUAGGAAGAACUCAUCAUUUGAAUUAGCAACUUCAUAACUACUCUGUAGGAUGUAGUUCUUCUUUUCAGGUAGGUCACAAUCAAGCAGAGGGCUUGGUAGUAGCUUCAGGUCUCCGACUCAUUCUCACAAAGAAAUACUAGCUUUGUUUAUAAUUACCCAUGGAAUCCACAUGCUCAUAUCCAUGCUUUGAUUUACCCUUAAGAGGUUUAAUAGUAUGGCCAUCUCAUUUUAAAAGGGCUCAGCAUGUAUGUAUUCUUUAGUUCCAUUUAUAUAUUAAUUUAUUGAAUUAAGAAAAUUUCCCUUUCAAGUAGCCUGACUUAUACUGCUCUAGAACUGUUCUUUCCUGAAGAAAAGCCACUAUGACUGUGCAGGAUUUUCUGUACAGAGACAAAACUCAUACAUUCAUUUACCAUGUGACAUGCCAAAAUAAUCAAGUGUGGCCUAAGGACUAAAUUAAAUGCCUCCUAUAGAAUUUCAAGGAAUGUUAGAACCAGGAAACUAGCUGUUUAGUUAUCAUUAAAAAUAUAUAUAAAUAUAUAUAAAUAUAUAUACAUAAGAAAUCAUAUCAACAAUGAGGAUGAACUGAGUGCCAAAUAUUCACCAUCUGUAUAAAACUACACUUCACUAGAAUUAAACUAUUUUAUGUAAUUCUCUUUCUCAUGCUUUUAUGGUUCUUUUGAUAAAUUCUAUUUAGUAGCAUGCAGGAUACCUAAAUUGAAUGUACAGUAUGUUGUUUCAUUGCUACAAUAAUUUCUCGCUUCUCAGUAAUAUCUUCUUUACCAGAAUGUUAUUUGUUACUUUGAAGACAUAUUUGAGAAUUGUUUUAUUAUUGAGUUAUUCUUUUUUCAUGGUUCUUAACUCACCUCCAGCUGAUUGUAAGAAAAUGUGCUUCACUAUUUUGCCCCAUGGCUCUUUUAUGAAGCUGCCUCUUUCAAUUGGUUUAUGUAUUGUUUAUGUUCAUCUCCUGUAAAUAAUUCUGCAAUUAAAUUUUUUGAGAAAAA